AUGGGCUUCAGUUUUCACAAUCCGCUCCACUCGGGUCGUCCCCCUUCCUCUUCCUCCUCUCUGGCUGCGAACGCUUCCGGUUCGCCUGGCCAUCCUGUGGACUACAUGUCCGUGCCAGGACAUGCCGAUCUUCGUUCGCUGCCGCAACUGCCCAUCUGCCCGAAACUCUGUAGAUCGACCCUUGACUCGGUUGCUCCUUCGAGUCCCAUUUUGACCUCACCAAUACUGCCGCAACAGCUACCACCACAACCGCAGUCACAGUCACAGUCGCAUCAAUCGGUUUCAUGGAAUUUCGUCGGUUUCCCAUCACCCGGUACUGAAGACUAUUUGGAGCCGAAACCGCGAUCGCAUCUUCAUGCUCUCUCCUGUCCUGUGUCUUCAUCUCCUGCCGUUUCUAACGGAAGUUUAGACUCCAGCAAAAGUGCCCUUGUUGCAUCAUCUGCCCUUCACACGCCAGCCAAGUUGGCAGUGAUGAUGACUGCACAUGAUGAUCAUUGCAAUGGCUAUAAUGAUAAUUCUUGUCCUCCCAUCAUGAUUACUGGCCACAUUAACGUAAUGGGGCACAAUGAGCCUGUUCCUGUUGGAUCAAGACUUCCCGUCAUUGCACCGGUUCAGAUGCCCAAUUUCCCCACGCCAGAUCGUCUUGCACUUCCUUGUACGUCUUUUGCGUAG